ACACAUUCACUCGAACUCACAUUGCUACACACAUCACGUACCAACACUCCUCCCUCAUCACACUAUUCUCGCACCACGCUCACACCAUCACGCACGCACACCCGUCACUAAAACCCGCACACCACACACUUAAUUCACCCACAUGGUCCUUCGUUUAGAUCCUUUUGGAACAUUCUUUCCAACCGACACAUGCACUUAUUAAACACUGUAACUGACAUAACAGAAAGGGGUUAUCCAUUCGCUUCCAAAGACUAUAAAAGAGACCGAACGAAGAUGAUUUGGGGUUUUUUUGGGGCAGAAAGAAAAGAACCCGACAAAGAAGGAAGGGAGUUGGGAGAUUGGUCGAGGUUCUUGGAGUUCUGGUAGAUUUCCGGGAGGAAAGGAGAGAAAGAAUCAAGAAAUCGAAGAAAGGCAGAAGGAAGAGGAGAAAUGAUCAAGAAUCACGGCAACGGAGAUAUGGUGAGGACACGAGGAAAUAUAUCUAGACGUGGUUCAAAUGAUGCACCCGAGAGUUCCAGACACGGUGCUGCACGAAAGAGACCGACAGCAUCGGCUCGUAGAAGGGGUCAGCAUGAGGCUAAUGUCGUUGAGGAUGACAUUGUUGAGAAUGAGGUUCCUGACGUUCAUCGGGAGGACGAGCAGGUCAUUGAUAACGAUGGUGGAGGAUUUCCUGGUGGGCCGUAUGAUACAUCUUUAUUGACGCAGUACCAGGAUCAUGUUGCACGCAUGAUAUGGGAUGGUCAGGAUCGAGCUGUGAAAGUGGUCUCCCAUAUUAAAAAAGUUAAGAAAUUAGGACGUCCUCACCCUGCUGUUGCACCUUUUGUGUUAGCUUCUGGAUUAUCGCCUUUGUGCGAUAUUUUAUAUGAAUAUAUCGAUCUUGGGUUAGUAUUGGGUUUCGUGGAGAGAUGGCAUCCCGAGACUAAUACUUUUCAUUUACCCAUUGGGGAGAUGACCAUCACUUUGGAUGACGUAUCGUCACUUCUCCAUCUUUCCAUCAGUGGAAACUUUUGCUCCACUGAAAAUCUGGAAUAUGAAGAUUCUGUUCAGAUUUUGACGACACUUCUUGGUGUUGACCGGGCCAUGGCAUGUGUGGAGCUGAAUCAAAGUCGGGGUGCACAGGUCCGACUGAGCUGGUUGAGAGACUUGUAUCACAGUUGUUGUGAAAACGAGCUGUGGGAGUUUGCUGCACGUGCAUAUCUUUUGCACCUUGUAGGGUGCACUAUAUUUGCUAACAAAAGCGCCACCUAUGUUCGUACACAUUAUCUCGAGCUAUUUAGAGAUCUUUCCACAUGUCGUACAUAUGGUUGGAGAGUUGCUGCUCUUGUCCACUUAUAUGAGCAGCUAAGAGAUGCCAGCUUUGCAAAUACAAAGCAAUUAGCUGGAUAUCUACCUCUUCUGCAGGCUUGGAUAUACGAGCACUUCCCUACAUUGGGAAGGAAGCAAGUACGGGAUACAUAUGUGGAGACCGAACCCCGUGCUCUACGUUAUGUCACUGGACGCGCCAUUUCCGCUAUAGCUGAUGUUAGAGUCCAGUUGGAUGGCUUGACAUAUGAUGGGAUGAUUUGGAACCCAUAUGUAGCACACAGAGCUGCACGACAACUGGUAACACAUAGCAUGUUUUCUGGCUUCCUGAGGGUUGGGACCGUCGUACAACGUCAUUUGCCUGAGCGUGUGUUGCGACAAUUUGGCUUCAUCCAGCCUAUUCCACGACCGCCUAGUUCGGUUCCCAUGAUGGACUUUGAGGCUAUUGAUGAUCGGUGGAAAAAGCACGAGCAGUUUGUUGUACAUCAAGUGGUCCAAGCACCAGCUCCCUUUUCAUGUUCGGAUGGAUAUUUGCAGUGGUUUAGGAGAGUCUCUCAUCCAUACAUUUUACGUGGAGCUGAGGCCGACCGACCUAGCCUUGUGCUUGUGCCCCGACUUCGUCGGAAUUUGCCAGAUGACAUAACAGUUCAGAGGACGUCACCGUCAUCAUCUUCCAGUGGUUUAUUGAUAUGUCACACAUUUAGUUGUUAAUAUUAUAAGUAACUAUUAAUAUUUGACAUUAACUUGUUAUUAUGACAGGGUCUCGUGAAACGCAUUGUAGGUGGUCUCCAGCGGAUGAUAGACUGUAGAGAUGUUACUGAGGGCACAGUUGCCUGGGAUCGCACUCAUGAGUUAUUGCAGAUGGCUCAAGAUGUACUUGAAGAGGAAGAGACUAGAGGAGGACGUAGAGUUCGAGGUCGACGACCAU